AUGUAUCGGGAUGAGUGGAGUUUCGAUCGAAUGCCCCCUAUCAAUGUUCACCGUAUCACAGUUUCAAUGUUUACACUGCUGCAAGACAUGGAGGAGGCUGCGAGUCGAGAAGCAUUUGUGAGCUUGAGUGUGGCUGCUAAGGGGUUUGCCAAUCGUUGGCCGCUGGGAAAAGCAAUGCUACGGUUAGUCCAGGUCACAGCAAAACAGAUGGAAGUCAAACUUCCUCAGGAGACGGAUGCUCUAUUUACCGAUUUUGAGAGAAGAAUCUGGAGCCCAGAGGAUCGCAAAACUCUGAGUAGCCAAUACCCCAACUUUGCCCAUUCCAUGAAACGCGGUCAGAUCGAUGAGGUCGAGAUGGAUGCAUUCCUAGCCAGGUUUGAUGAUUUGUAUAUCGAGGAGGAGAGAUCGGAAUCAUCUCUUGCAGGAUCUGAUGAUGAAACAGAGGACUCCGGCUCAAGGAAGGAUCUGGAAAUCGGAAUUGCGACGUCAAGUGGGACUGAACAGGAGGAGGGAUGA